GAAACUGAGGGUGCUGAAGAUAAACUGGAAAAUGUAGAGGCUCCCCAUGAGAGAGAAAAUAUUAGCACAUUCACAGAGCCAGGGACAGGGAGGACAUCGGUCAAGACGUUCAAGACACAAACUACACAGGCAAAUGAAUCUGACAUGCUACACCCAGAUUUCCUUAAACCCAAAAUGAUUCCAGCCAGAUUUGAAGGCACCAUGCUGACACCCGUUUAUUUUGAUGGAUUUAUGAUCACACCCAAUCAGCUUGACGUCAUGCUAAGUGAAGCUACUAAGAAAGGGGAAGGUCUUUCUAUACCCAUUAAACUCCAAGGGGGAAUGCUGACUGCAGCAUUUAAAACAAUGUCUCAGGAUAUGGACAUGUUAAACAUUGAUGGAGCAGUUCCAGUUAAGUUCCAUGGUAGACUUCAGGGCAUAAUGGAAUCGAAU